UUAUAACUAGUUACAGAUGUAGAAAGUUCUGCAAGUAACCAUUUUAUAUUUUAGAAUAGUGCAAUUGUAUUUUGCUUUGUGGUAACACUGAUGUGACGUCAUAUUAUGCAAUAUUGUGUUUUACCCACGUCACAUCAUAGCGUCACAUUUACGACGAAACCCCCUCCCUCGUACCUUAAUCAAGGAAAAAUAUUUUUAUAGUGAUAACAUUGCUGACAUAAAAAGUUCUACAAGUGAGUGUGGUUGUUCUAUGGCUAGAGAUUGACUCCAUUUUGUGUGUUUACAAGAUGUCGCUCUUCAACUCAAGAUUUCAACAAGCUGCUAAUGAUUUAGCAAACUCUGAUGAUGAAGUGCUUCAGAGCGCAGGAAUGAUGGCCCUGAUGCGUUUAGAAACGCUACAGCGACGAAUGAAGGGAUUAAAUAAUUAUUUUAAUAAAGGAAGAGCACUGACACCCUUACCGCAGAUGUAUCCAAAUCCACUUUUACCUUGUUUUCCAGCAAAUGCAUUCCCCACUCCCUGGUGGCAGCAACCGUCAGGUUUCACUUUUGGCGCAAACCCACUUGGUGCGGCAUUUGGUGCAAGUCAAUCUACCGGAUUUGGAUCCAGUUCAAAUCAACCUACAGUAUUUGGGUCAAGUCAGCCUGCUGCAUUUGGAUCCAGUUCAAAUCAACCUGCUGGAUUUAGCUCAAGUCAACCUACAACAAGUCAGCCUACUGCAUUUGGCUCGGGCCAACCUAGCCUAUUUGGCUCGACUCAAUCUACUGGAUUUGGCUCAAAUCAACCUGCUACCUUUGGUGCAACUCAACCCACUACCUUUGGGUCAAAUCAACCUGCUACCUUUGGUUCAAGUCAACCUGCUACCUUUGCCUCAAGUCAGUCUACUGGCUUUGGCGUCGGUUUUGCAGGUCCACAAAAUAUAAAUAGCGCUGGGGAAUCUACUACGAAUUUAUAUGGUGCUUCUCAGCCACCUUUCGGGGCAUCAGCUCAGAAGACAUCAAAUGGCAAAGGAAAUACGUCUUUUUCUUUUGGAAUACCACCUAAGAACACAUCUGAUAAAAAUGAAGAAGUACCUGCUACCUCAGAACCAGGAUUGAUAAACACUAAUACUUCAAUCGUACCAGCCACACUUGAUAGCAAUAAAAGCUGAACAAUGUUAUUGUGUGGAAUGAAAUGCCCGUUUGUUUUCGCCGUACACUUAAAAAAACUGGAUUUUACAUGGUGGUUAAAGAAAAUCAAAUUUUCUUGGAAACUGUAUGUUCAAGCGUCUUUACAUUGUAUAUAUGUGUUUUUUUUUAAGUGAAUUAAAGUAUGUAUUUCAAAUAUCAUAAAUAAACAUUUUUUUAUUAA